AUGGCACUGCGCAUAAACCAGAUUGACCACGUUAUUGAUUGCCAAAAAAAUAUGGCAGAAGUUCUUGACAUAAUAAUGAAUGGUGAGAGGUUGAGGGUUUCCUUUUGGUAUAUAUUUCUUUCUUCUGCAUUUGGGUUUGGAUAUGCUUGUAUCUACCCUAAUGAUAUUGACUUGUUGAAAAGAAAACAAAAAGGAAAAGUUCUUCAACUUCUGAGCUAUAAGGAUAGAUCAUGCUGGAAAUAA